AUGGAAUCAGGGAACAACACAAAAAGAAUUUCAAAAUUUCUUCUUCUUGGAUUUUCAGAGAACCCAGACCUUCAAUUCCUCAUUUUUUCACUAUUCUUGUCCAUGUACCUGGUCACAGUGUUUGGGAACCUCAUCAUCAUCAUGGCCAUCAUCUCACAGUCUCACCUGCAUACACCCAUGUACUUCUUCCUCUCUAACCUGUCUUUUGUGGACAUCUGCUUCACCUCCACCACAGUCCCAAAGAUGCUGGUGAACAUCCAGACACAGAGCAAGGCCAUCACCUAUAAACACUGCAUCACCCAGAUGUGUUUCUUCUUGGUUUUUGCAGAAUUGGACAAUUUGCUCCUGGCUGUGAUGGCCUAUGAUCGAUAUGUGGCCAUCUGUCACCCGCUGCAUUACACAGUCACAAUGAACCCCCAUCACUGCAUUCUGAUGGUUCUACUGUCCAUGGUCGUUAGUGUCUUCCAUGCCUUGCUACAGAGCUUAGUGGUGCUACAAUUGUCCUUCUGCACACAUGUAGAAAUCCCCCAUUUCUUCUGUGAGCUUAAUCAGCUGGCCCAACUCACCUGCUCAAAUAACUUUCCAAGCCACCUCACAAUGCAUCUUGCACCUGUCCUAUUGGCCGCUGCUUCCCUCAGUGCAAUCCUUUACUCUUACUUCAAGAUAGGCUCCUCCAUAUGGGCUAUCUCCUCAGCUCAGGGGAAGUACAAGGCAUUUUCUACCUGUGCAUCUCACCUCUGCAUUGUCUCCUUAUUUUACAGCACAGGCCUAGGAGUGUACCUCAGUUCUGCUAUGACCCAAAGCUCACACUCUGCUGCAAGAGCCUCAGUGAUGUACACUGUGGUCACCCCCAUGCUGAACCCCUUCGUUUAUAGUCUAAGGAAUAAAGAUGUGAAAAGAGCCCUGGAAAGACUCUUAGGAGGAAAACUAAAUUGUCCCAUAGCACUGAGCUGA